AUGCGCAAUGGCGGACAGUUCAGUCGACUUCGAGACGGUAUGGCGGCACUUCUGACUCUAGCGGCGAGUUUCAUGGUUCUAGCCUGCCUCCUUCAAACUGCAGUUUCAGAACACAAAAAGAAGAUAAUAGUGAAGGUGCCACACGUGAUAAAGCACAUCCACCACGACGUCUACAAGCCGGUGCACAUACACAAGGUGCACGCCAAGAAACUAGAGCAUCAUCAUGAGGAGCACGAGGAGAUACUGCCAAGGAGGAGGCCGAAGAAACACCGCGGAGUAAAGCACCAGGCAAGAGGAAGCUACAGCCAUCUGCAACCAGUGCUGGUACAGCGUGAUCAUCAGGACCAUGCUGAACACCUGGCAUCGCAGCGAGGGAUGGAACAUCGAGAGGAACAAGGAUACUCACGAGGUCAAGACUACCACAGCCAUGAGGCAGACUGGAGUAUGGAGAACGAAUCUGAAGACACGAGAGGAAGACAUCAAGAUCAACGUGAACAACGACCAACAUGGGAACCUAUCAAUGUGAACGAAUGGUUUGGAAGAGGCAAGGGUGAAAAUGAAGACGACUGGCUGAUUUCAAGUGAGGACUUGAGAGAACUCCGGGAAGAAGGUGUUAUUGGAGGAAAACGUAAUUUACAUAGGUCAAGAAAGGAGAAACUUGUGAAUUUCCCGACCAAGCCAACCGUAAUAGGAAUGCAAAAAGAGGGAUGGAAACCCAUGUCAGACUUUCGUGGUUGGAAAGACGUGGGUGAACUUCACAACCAUCGAGGAUAUAAUCGAGAUCCAAUGAACUACUCUAGAGAAGAAUCAGAAGGAAGCGAAGAGGAUUCUUUAGAAAGAUUUCCUGAAUAUAUUCCAAAGGAGAGGAAGAAAAUGAGGAAAACUAAGAACGCCAAGUGGAGUAAGCAAAUUGAUUUUAGAGAGCCCUCUAGUGAGGAAGAACAUUACACUCGGCCUGCUUAUCAUUCUGCUCAUUCUCUUGAAGCAGAGUUUUCUGAAAAUCAUCCACAACCUCGUCGUAAGCCACAAGCCCCUCAGAACUGGCCUGAAGCUCUCCCCGUGCCACAACCUCAGCAAUGGCCGCAACCUUCCACCUCCCCGCCCCAGAGUCACCCUUCCAGCGUCAUCUGGUCAGGACAUCAUCUGCAGACGCCUCAGCACAGCAUGUGGCAUGUUCAGCAGCACAAUGUUAAAACCCCUGUUGAGGCUCCAGUCAAAUCCCAGUCAGUACUUCCCCACAACCCGGUCCCUCUACAGACUCAGCAGAAGAGUGCGUCUUCUCAUCGAGUGACCCCUGCCUGGCCGGCCACUCAGCGGACACCCGGGGUCAUGCAGAAGUGGGAGCAGUCGGUCCAGAUGGGAGACGGCGACGGGGCUGGGUCAGCCUACAAGGUGGAAGUCAUCAACUACAGUAAACAGUGA